AUGUCCAACAGCCAAGAAUCUUUAAACCGACAUAGUGAAUUUGAGGAACCACUUACUACAAUCAAACGAAAGCAUUCUGGAUCAACGGCAUCAGUACAAUCAUUCAAGAAAAUGAAUCCAGAUACUGCGGCUACAAGUUUGGUCAAUUUCUCUGAAGAAGACCAAGUGCUGGCUUCAAAGCUGCAAGACACCUACAAGAAUAUCAUCAAACUAGAGAAUACAUGUCAGAGCAAAUUUGUCCUCCUAAAGAGCAAGAUGGAGCAACAGAAGAACAUGUCCCCAGAGAUCAAUGAUGAGGCCUGGCAUCUCUAUGAACAGGUUAUCAAGCUACUGGACAUGUAUUAUGACUUUCUGUUCUACGCCCUAUCCCCAUCCCAGCUUGCAGACGAUGGGUCCAUUGAAAACAAAUCUCCAGAGUACAUAAACAGGUCCACCAAAACAGGAGAGCAGAUAGUUUUGAUUUAUAAGAUUCCGCGGCGUAUGUGGGUCUAUGGAAUAGUCAAUUUUUUGGAGAUUCUAAAAACAGCAUAUAUCAAUUCUUUGGUUGAUUACGAAAUCAGUGGAUGCUUCACCUCCUACUGUUUUAAUAUAUUGGCAUGUCUCACCGAGUUGUCUAGCGACAUGACUGCUUGGUGGAUAGAAAAACUAGCCGAUCUCUCCCGAAUGGCUAUCGCCCUGUAUCCCAGCAGGUUCAUCGACUGGAAACUGGCCAGUGAAUAUUGGUAUGUAAGAGCCAUCAAGCUCCAAUAUGGCCAUGGUAAGGUAUAUUAUCACAUGUGUACCGUACAAGAAGACAGUCUAGAUGCUCUGAUCAAUAUCGGCAAAGCUCUCCUGUGUAGAGAUACUUUCCAACCCAGUCUCUACUAUCUUUCCAUGAUCUUAGAGAAUAUACGCAAGAAAAGAGACGUUUCACUUUCUACCACCUUGGAGGAUCUAACCAUUAGUGAUUUCGUCAAGAUUCACAAAUUUUUUCUGGAAUCUAUAGACGCCUCCAUCGAGAUGUAUGUUUCCCAUUUUGCACAAACUUAUGCCAUAUCCAAACCUGAUGGUUACGAUUUUUUUAAGGACACUCCCGUUUUUGCUCCCUACGCCGAGGAUCUACUGGUAAACGAGCAUAUCAUCUUUUGGUUUCAAAAAUCUGGCGGAAUGGCAAUCUGUAACAUCAACCAACUGAUUGGGUUUGGAAAUCCAAGAAAUCCCUUCGCAAAGCUUUUUGGUCUACCUGAAGCAUUUAUUUCCAAAAGGGAAAAGAAGGAUAAACGCAAGAGAUCCAAAUCAACAACCAUGGAUGAAGACAAUAGUAGCAUCAACAGUGAAUCAGAUGCAGUCAUCACUUCCAGAGAAAUUACGGACACUGAUAAUUGGUUAAACUACUUCGAUAAGUAUUUGAUGAGUGGAAGCAUUGAGUUGUCUAACACGAUGAUCAAGGACUUUACAACCGGACCGUUUGCUUGUGGCCAGCCACACGUAAUUGUAUGGCUCUAUUUCCUUAUAUCUGUUAAUAAGGCUCUACAGGAUUUUGAGAAUAGUUAUUUGAAUGGAACUGUUUCCAGCGAUGGUAUUAGCAUGGAUGAUGAAGAUGACGAUGCCAAUUUUGAUUCUGUGGAGGAAGAAUUACGUGGUGCCGACCAAAUUCCAUACAGUAAUAGCAGGUACAAAGAAGAAGUCAACCGGACUAAAACCUUAUUUGAGUAUUUCAUUUUCAAGAUCAUUCCCUGGGAUGAGUUGGUUAGAUAUUUGAACACUAGUUUGGAUAUUGCUCGUCAAACGAUGGAACUUCCACAAUUAUUUUCCACUAGUAUUGAUGAAUAUGGACCGAUGUUUUCCUCAUUUUCUGACCUGCAGGAAAAUCUUAAUGCUGUUUCACAAGGCUUAGAAACCUUACCAGAAGCCUGGAAACUUUGGGGACUAAUCUGGUACGACUUUCUAGAUGUUAAGACAACUUACACACCUUUAAAUCCAGCACCUGUUAGUGAAAAGGUAUUUGAUCACCCAGUGAACGGACCUAUAUUUUCUCACGAAGAUGAAAGGAUUCGAUUGCUACGUAUUGUUGCUCUUGCAACCUACCUAAGUGAUCUUCCCGGCUCGGGGUUAAUCAGAGAAGGUGGUAGUUUCUAUACAGCUCCACCAUCAACCUAUUGGACUAAUUAUGAGCAAGAGAUGAGAGAAAAAGGAUACUUCAAAUCCUUUUUCAAUGAGUCAACUCAAGAAUUCUGUAAUAUAGCAGCAUCCUCACUCGAGACUAUCAGACCUGAAAAGUUACAAGGCUCGGACAAUAAUAAAUGGUGGCUACCCGUUAGGACUGAAAAGAUAAUAUCUGCAUAUGAAGAUGCCCGAGAUGAAGGAAGAUUAUGGAACAUGCGAUUCAAAGUUUGGAAAGAUAAACGCAAAAUCAUUUCCCGCAUUGAACCCUCUACAGCAGGUGAAGAUGCAGAUAUCGAACUCACGUCUGGCGAGAUCAACGAUUACGAUGAUUUAAUGAACACUAUGCAGGUACCAGCGCAAGUUAGUGCUUUGCAAGGUGAUCUAGGGGAAUGUAUGGACAGUGCAGUCACCAUGAUUACUCUGGAUACCAACAUGUGGCUUAAGCAUUGUGGAAUGAUCUACAAAAGUGUGGAAUCUAGGGUUAUAAACGUAUCUAUUCCAUUGACCGUGUUCCAAGAACUGAGAUCUUUGAGAGCAUCUCGUGAACUGGCGAUCUCAGACAGUGCAAUUAGAGCAGUGAUAACGAUCAGACAACUGUUUACGGAGAACUUGAUCGUACCUCUGAAAUUUGAUGGCUCUCCAGCAGAUCUCAAUGAUAUCUCAGAUUUCCAAAAACUGGAAACUUGGAGAGAAAAUGCUGAUGAGUUAAUCAUUGGUUCUGUUAAGUUGAACGAUGAGCUCCGUCGCAACAUAAUAUACACAUCCCGACCUACUCUAAAUGGUAUCAACGGAACUCUUUCUGAAGCAGAGUACUACCAGUACCGAUACAAUACUCUUAUCACAGAUGAUCGUAACAUGCGAUUAAGAGGACGUGCCAACGGUAUCAUGGCGUUCCAAAGCUUAUGGUUGACAUUCCAUCUUAAGCGUAUAGCAGAUGGCAGGUGUAUUUGUUGA